AUGAAAGGAGCUGAUCCAUUUAUUAUUUCAACUUCGGGAUAUAAUGUCUUUUACAUCUGUGCAUAUAGAGGGCAUAAUGAAUGUCUUCACAUGAAAUAUUAAAUGUUGAGACUUUGCAUGUUUAAAAAUAAAAAGAUAAAAGUGUAAAUAAGAAAGAUUUAAAUUAAUUUGAGAAAGGAGCUCAUCCUGAUUGUUAAGAUGAUUUAUUAUGUGCUGCUAUGCAUUUAGCAACAAAAAGGGUUUUUAGAUGUAGUAAGGGUAUUAUUUGAAAAUGGGGCUAAUAUUUAUUCAUUAGAUAAUAGAGAUUGA